AUGAUUAGAUGUCUACUGUUUUCGAGAUAUCUGUGCUUAUCAUUGAUUUAUAUUAAGAAGAAAGCAUCCAUUGAGCUUAUAUAUAACUUUGUUCCCUUUCAUAAUCCCCCAACCAAAGAGCUAUAUAGAGAUUGUAACUUAUCAAUAGCAAAAUGUCCUUAUAAUGCAAACAAAACAUGGGGAAAAAAGGAUUCAUUUAUUACUGUUGACGGUAAUUCACGUCAACCGAGACUUGGCGAAAUCUUCUGCGGUGCAUGUGGCGGGGAAGGCACAUUGUUUGUUGCAUGGGACCCACCGGAUGGAGGCUUUCGGGUUCUUGGUAGCACGUUUAACUUGGCUUUCAGCCCAUCUUCAGUGGGAACCCGAAAGUCGGCCCAGUUGUUGUUGAUCGGAACUCCUUUCGUUGGCUGCGUGGAAACCAAUUUCCGUUGGGCCAAGCCCAAAGAGGACACGACAAUGGCUUGA